AACUAGGAAAAAAAACGAUAAUCAUCGAACAUCCCUACAACAAGUGAAAAGUCCGGUUUGUUGAUGAAAAAGUGAUGAAAAAGAGAAUUCAAUAAUCAAUUUUAAUAAAGCUAUAGAAAACAGCAAUGGCCUUUAGUGAAGGUGAAGUUUGUAGAAUUUGUUUAGGCGUUAAUGUACACAUGGUUGUACUUAAGGAGACUGGCCUCCAAAAUUUGUAUAGGACAUUGACAAACAGUUUUUUGGAUGAGAAUGAGGGACCAAUAAUAAUCUGUUUCACCUGUCAUGCAAGACUCAUUCGUUGCAGAAGAUUACAACAACAGGCUAUUGAGUCAAAUGCAGUUGUGGAGCAGUUGCUUUCAGGAGGAUCCAUGUCAAUACCAAAACCGCAUAAGGUUAGAGAUGAGAUUCAGUUCACACCAAUUAAUCAUAUAGAUAUCUGGCCUGUAGAGUGUGAUAGAGAAAAUGAUUGUAAGGACGAAAUUUUUUGCCUUGAUGCCGUUAAAGUUGAGGAGGAGAUUUUCGAAUAUGAGAAUUCCAAAUUGGAAGAAAAUGAGAAUCAUGAAACAGAACCAUACAUCACACCGACAAAUAAUUUUUCAAAACUGUCUGAGAGGAAAAUUAAAUCAAAUUCUACUGAUUGUAACAUAAACGAUGUUGGUAAAGGAAACCUCGAUUUAGAAAGCCCUACUAUUAAAUCAAAGCCUAAAUUGAAAAAACAUAAUCAACCAAUUAAUAAAAAAGGAAAGCAUCCUGCAAAGAUUAUGAAAAAGAAAAUUUUGAAACGAAAGAGUGUAAAUAUACUUAUGAAAAAAACGUCAGGGGCAUCAACAAAAUGCAUUUUUGAAUGUGAUGGUUGUAGCAAAAAAUUUUCAAGAAAAGACAUUCUCGCCAAACACAUUUCAUACAGUCAUAAGACGCAAAAGAACUCAGUCACUACUGCAGUUCGGACACAAGUUGAACAAACUCCAGUCCCACAACUAACGGAAAUAUUUAAUUGUGAUAUUUGCGAAUUUAAAACAUCUCAAAAACGUUGCAUUUUGGUACAUCUUAAAGUGCACGUCGCUGAACAAGUGUACUGUUGUAAUAAUUGUGAUUAUAAAAGUAUUAAAAAACAUCAUUUGCAACAACAUAUGAAAAUACAUACUGGAGAAAAACCUUUUUCAUGUAAUAUCUGUGAAUAUAAAUGUAUUAGAAAAGAUGUGUUGCAAAGGCAUAUGAAAAUACAUACUGGAGAAAAACCUUUUUUAUGUAAUAUCUGUGAAUAUCAAUGUAUUCAAAAAAGUAGUUUGCAAACGCAUAUGAAAAUACAUACUGGAGAAAAACCUUUUUCAUGUAAUAUCUGUGAAUAUAAAUGUGUUACAAAAAGUCAUUUGCAAAAGCAUAUGAAAAUACAUACUGGAGAAAAACCUUUUUCAUGUAAUAUCUGUGAUUAUAAAUGUAUUACAAAAGAUGUGUUGCAAACACAUAUGAAAAUACAUACUGGAGAAAAACCUUUUUUGUGUCAUAUCUGUAAAUAUCAAUGUAUUCGAAAAAGUAAUUUGCAAACACAUAUGAAAAUACAUACUGGAGAAAAACCUUUUUCAUGUAAUAUCUGUGAAUAUAAAUGUGUUACAAAAGGUCAUUUGCAAUCACAUAUGAAAAUACAUACUGGAGAAAAACCUUUUUCAUGUAAUAUCUGUGAAUAUAAAUGCAUUCAAAAAAAUAGUUUGCAAAGGCAUAUGAAAAUACAUACUGGAGAAAAACCUUUUUCAUGUAAUAUCUGUGAAUAUAAAUGUGUUACAAAAAGUCAUUUGCAAUCACAUAUGAAAAUACAUACUGGAGAAAAACCUUUUUCAUGUAAUAUCUGUGAAUAUAAAUGUGUUACAAAAAGUCAUUUGCAAUCACAUAUGAAAAUACAUACUGGAGAAAAACCUUUUUCAUGUAAUAUCUGUGAAUAUAAAUGUGGUACAAAAAGUCAUUUGCAAUCACAUAUGAAAAUACAUACUGGAGAAAAACCUUUUUCAUGUAAUAUCUGUGAAUAUAAAUGUAUUCAAAAAAGUAGUUUGCAAUCACAUAUGAAAAUACAUACUGGAGAAAAACCUUUUUCAUGUAAUAUCUGUGAAUAUAAAUGUAUUAGAAAAGAUGUGUUGCAAAGGCAUAUGAAAAUACAUACUGGAGAAAAACCUUUUUUAUGUAAUAUCUGUGAAUAUCAAUGUAAUCGAAAAAGUAAUUUGCAAACACAUUUGAAAAUACAUACUGGAGAAAAACCUUUUUUGUGUGAUAUCUGUAAAUAUCAAUGUAUUCGAAAAAGUAAUUUGCAAACACAUAUGAAAAUACAUACUGGAGGAAAACCUUCGGAGUGAAACUGAAACACAGAGUUCAAUCUUGCCGUGGCAGCUAACUAUAAAUUAAAGUGAAAGAAACUUACUUUGCUACUAUUUUUUUUUUGAUUUAAGGUUUACUUUGAUCUUAUAGAUUAUCUUACGCUAAUGAAGGAAAUGAUUUUGUUAUUUAUUGUAACGUGUGGACAUUGUGAUUUCUUAUAUUUACGUGAACACUACACAUUGAAUAAAACUACCUUUACGGAU